AAUUAAUCUAUGGAAACUAUAAGAGUUAAAGUACCCGAAUACAAAAGUCAAAAAGUGGUGCCUCAAAGUAUCCACGAGGAAGAUGGAGUUUUCUUGGAUAGAGAUUUCCCUCCAAAGUCCAGCUCUUUGUACAAUGUCUUCACAUCCAAACUUCACAGAAAUGAACUCAGAAUCUGGAAGGAGUUCACUUGGAAGAGACCUAUAGAGUGGAUGGAAGAAGAACCACAACUAUUUGCAAAGAAGAUUGACCCAGAUAACCUCAUUGAGGGAUAUCUUGGCAACUCAUACUUCAUCUCUGCCUUGAGAGCUCUUGCUGAAGACCCUGAGAAUAUCACCAGAUUGUUUGACACAAAAACUCCCACUGAAGAGGGACAGUACAUCAUUAACAUGUGUUUGAACGGUGAGAACUUCAAGGUUCAGGUAGACGAUUACUUCCCUUACUGUGAUAAAACCAAGAAACCAGCCUUCAUUAGAUCCAAAAAGAACGAGCUCUGGCCAAUGCUCCUUGAAAAAGCAUGGGCCAAGAUCAGUGGCAACUACGAGAACUCAAUUGAAGGACUUUGCUGUGAGUCCUUCAGAGCUUUGACUGGUGCUCCAGUUGAGUAUCUCCCCCACAAAUCUUCUAAAGAGGUCUGGAGACAACUUUGCAACUCUUUCUCAGACAAGAACAUUGUCUGUGCUAUGGCCGAGAAAGAAACUCAAUUCACCAAAGCAAAAGAUUUCGAUCUUUUCAGUGCUUAUGCGUACAGAGUCACCAAUAUAUAUGAGUCUGAAACCCUAAGCGGAAUGGUGAAGCUAGUCGAAAUCAAGAAGCCAUUGAAACACAAGUGGCUUAACCUCUUCGGAGACACCUCAAAGUACUGGAAAAAGAAAAUGGAUACUGAGCUGCACAAGGACUCCAUCCUGAUAAAACUCGAGGACUAUAUCAGUUAUUUCAAAGAUACUCUGAUCUGUGCUGCCAAUUGAGACCAUACUUCAUUUAGCCUAAGAUGUAGGCAAGCAUGUGAGGACUCAACCUUGAUCAGAGUCUCAGUAGCUUCCAAAGAGACUAUGUCUUUCAGUGUUCACCAAUUCAACCAGAGCUACUUUGGAAGAGAUCCCCAAGACAUUGCCAACUUUAUGAGAAUUAUACUCGGUAGAGAAGACGAAAAUGGUGACAUAGAGUAUAUUGACGCUAGGUCAGGCGACAGAGACUCCCUUUGUAUCUCUACAGAUUGCGAGCCGGGAGAAUACUACCUCUGGGUUGAGAUCCAAGGAAAGGGGUAUCGCCCUAACAAUUUCGUGUUCAGGACUUACAGCAAUGAAACACCUAUCUCAUCUGAAAUCAAAGGCGAGAAAUCCAAAGGCUUUCUUCGUAAUGUGGUCGCUUCUAUCGCUCAGAAGCAAGGAAAGAAGAAGUAUUACACAGAUAAGGGAGAACCUAAAAUCUCCAAAUCCAUUGGAAUCGAUGAAGAUAAGAGCAGAUUUGGGUAUAUUUAUUACGAAAAUAACUCCGACGGCUCUACCCUCAAAGAGGAAAUCUGCUUCACGGAUAUCAGAGGCCUGGUUGCCGUUGAUUACCCAAGAAAACCCUCUACUCAUAUUGAGGUAGGACCUGGAGAGCAGAAACUUGUCUUACUCGAUCAGCUCAAAAAGAGCUAUAUCCUUAAAUGUGAAUAUUAUACCAGUAUUCACCAAUCUACCGAAAGUCUGAAAGAUCUCGUAAAACUCAAGGGUGAAAGGAAACAGAUCAUUUUUGGAGACAAGCCACAAAGAAUGUAUUACUACGUUUUAGAUAAUGGAGAUGGCUACACUUGGAUGUUCGAGAAUGAAUCUGAGAGCACAAUCUUCGAUGGAACAUUCCAUUUCACUUUAACAAAUCUCGAAAUAGUCGAUGCUGAAGAGAAGAGCUCUUGGAAAAUUCACUUAAAGCCAGGCAAAAGUAUCUACAUGAGGAUGAACACUAUUGAUAUUACCAAGGCAUGGGGCUACAAGUGUAAGCUAUCCUUCAGGAUCACUGAAGACCUGUCCAAUGAGGACAAGCUCCUCCAGAAAUUGUGGGAGGAAGGUGAGAGACACAAGUGCUCCCUCAAUGGGGAGGAAAUCAACGUCUUCUACACCAUCCUCUUCAUUAACGACAUGUAUGUCUGGUAUUUCGAGAACAAGAGCCAGCAAAAAUUCAGUGGCAUCUUUAAGUUCUAUCUUGAAAACCUUAAGGCUGAAGAUGACGAUGAGGAUGUGCCUCGUACCCAAUGGGACCUUUUCCUCAACCCGGGACAAACAUGUAUCAGAAAAAUGCACCAAAUUGACCCAUUGAAGAACUCUAAUUAUGAGUGCUCAUAUAGCUGUAAAUUGCUCUAAA